AUGCUGCGCUUGACACUCUUGGCCGCCUUGGCGUUCCUUGCCUUUUCGAGCUUCGUCGUGCAUGCGGACAUCAUAGGCACCGGCAGCCAAAGCGCACAACCCCUCCUCUCCUCCUGGGCCGACUCGUAUCAGCGUCGUAACGAGUUGGACCGCGUCUCAAAUGGCACACUCAUGGGAUCGACCACCGCGCAGGACACGGAAGCGGUUGUGUACAGCGGCGUGGAGCAGAGCGCCACCGGACUCUCGCGACUCGACAACGGACUGGCAGAUUGGCUGGUGACCGACGGACCGCUCCCCGCCGCACGCCUGGGCACAGACAAGCUGCAGGUGCCGCUCGUGGGCCAAGCCAUCGUAGUGGCCUACCACCUGUCCGCGCUCAACGCCACCGACCCUCCCCUGGUGCUGGACGGGCAGACGUUAGCAAGGAUCUGGGCAGGUGAGAUAACGACGUGGGACAAUGAAGCCAUCAAGUCGCUCAAUCCCACCGUGGCAACCAAGCUGCCUGCGACAGACAUCCUCCUCACCUUCGCUCCAAACAACACCGAGGCGGUCUCGCCGCUGUUCAAGGAAGCACUAUCCGUGUUCAGCACCAACUUCAGCACAACACUGGCACUGGCCAACGGGGACUUCGCCGGCAUCGCAGCCCUCAACGGGCGCGCACUCUCUCUCAGCCCUCUCUCCGUCAGGUUGGCCUAUGUCCAGAACACCGACAACUGUCUGACCUACGUCAGUUUGGGUUCGCUCAAAGCGUACGCGCCCGGCCUCGCCUACGCCCACAUGCGAAACCCGGCAAACAAUACCGUGGCCGCUACCACGGACACCAUUCAGAGCGCGAUGACCGACUUUCGGUCCUUUAUUGUGAACGGCAACGGCUCGAACCUGUUCAAUGGAGGCGGGGCGCAAAGCUAUCCGAUGAGCUUCCUGCACUACCUGACCACCCGGCGCAACCUCACUUCGUCCGACUGCUACACCAAGGAGCAGUACCUCGUCUUUCUCUCCUGGACCCAGGUGAACAGCGGUGCGGCGAACAUCGCAAGCAAAGGCGGCUACGCGCCACUGAUCAACGGAUUCCGCAAGCGCAUGAUCGACUCUCUCGGCACCAUCACCUGUAAUGGCAAGAAGGCCUUGGGCUAUGCCUUCCUCAUCGGCACUGGCAGUCCAGUGCCCACGUACCUGCGUUGGGCAGUCAACUACAACAAUCCGGACUUCAGGUUGGAGUACUUUUACCAAACCUCCACCAAUGCCAUCAUUGGCUUGGCUGCCGUGAUCACCGCACCCAAUGCGGCUCAGCAAGCCCUCCAACCGUUCACCAUCACGAUACCAAUCGUCGUCGGAGGCCUAGGCCCGGUCUACAACGUGCCCGAGAUCGUGACGGAGGAGCCUCUGGUCCUCGAUUUUCAGACCAUUUCCGACAUCUACCUCAACAAGAUCAGAAAAUGGAACCACAUCAACAUCACUCGCCUCAAUCCCCAGUUGGAAGACUUGCUGCCCGACAAGGAGAUCAUCAUCGUUUACGAGGCGCCCUCAUCGGCGCCCAAUUUACUGGUCAGCUCCGCCAUCAGCGCCAUGGUGCCCGAAUUCCAGGCAGAGGUGGGUGCUUCGGCGGUGCUCAACUUCCCGGUGCUCCAACACGAACCCAACCGUACACUUGCUGUGGCGCCCAACGACAUCAUCGCGCCGAUGCAGGCGAAGGCCUACACCCUCGGCUUCUGGACCAACUACGACACGCUGAACGCGCGAACGGUGCGCGCGGCGGCUAUGGUGAACGUGGCUGGCACUGUGGUCAGCCCCGAAGUCAGCACCUUCGUUUCUGCCAUGAACGAUUUUGCCGGUCAGGCCGACGCUCGUAUUCUCUUGCUUGCUCCGGGCAACAAUAGCUGGCCGAUUGCCACCUACAAUUCGGUGAUGGUCAAUUCGCGCACGAUGCCCGAUUGUCAGAAGGCCACCGCGCUCGUUGACUGGCUCUACUGGACCCAGUCCUCAGAAGAGGGGCUCGCCCUCUCCAAUGGCGUGGGCCUGGCGGUUGCUGGCCAGUCGGCCAUUGUGUCCAAGUUAGUCCUGCGGAUGCUCGCCAACGUCACGUGCAACGGCGUGCCUUCGUUUUCGUUCUUCAACUGCGUCGACGACGGCGUCAUGUGCUCCAACCACGGCAACUGCUCCUCGUCGGGCGUGUGCCAGUGCGGCGACCAGUGGGAGGGCCAGUACUGCCAGACGCUCAAGAGCGAUUCAUCAUCGUCCGACACGCUGGGCAUCAUCCUGGGCGCCACGCUCGGUGCCAUCCUGCCAGUGGUGUGCCUGGUGCUGGUGUUCCUGGUCGGAGUUAUAUUCGCGCUGGUGGUGCGCCUGGAACGCAAGAGGCGCGAGAAGGGCGACUGGGAGAUCGACGCCGAGGAGCUCGAGAUCAGCGAUCAGCUGGGCGCCGGAGGCUACGGCACGGUCUACCGGGCCAAGUGGCGCGGCACCGAAGUGGCCGUCAAGAUGAUGCCCGGCGAGCAGGUCACGCGCGAGAUGGAGCGCAACUUCAAGGAAGAGGUGCGGGUGAUGACGGCGCUGCGGCACCCCAAUGUGGUGCUGUUCAUGGCGGCCUCGAUUAAGGCUCCAAAGAUGUGCAUCGUGAUGGAGUACAUGGCCCUCGGCUCUCUCUUCGAUUUGCUGCACAACGAACUGAUUCCGGAGAUACCCUACGCCCUCAAGCUGAAGAUGGCCUACCACGCGGCCAAGGGCAUGCACUUCCUCCACUCCUCCGGCAUUGUGCACAGGGAUCUGAAGUCGCUCAACCUGCUGCUCGACAGCAAGUGGAACGUCAAGGUGUCGGAUUUUGGUCUCACUAAAUUCCGCGACGAGCUCAAGAAAGGCGGCCAGGGCCUGGGUCAGGGCAGCAUCCACUGGACCGCCCCCGAGAUCCUGAACGAAGCCUUCGAUGCCGAUCUCGCCCUCGCCGAUGUCUACUCCUUUGGGAUCAUCUUGUGGGAGCUCUACACCCGAGAGCAACCCUAUUUGGGCCUGAGUCCUGCAGCGGUGGCGGUGGCGGUGAUACGGGAUAAUGUGCGGCCGGCGGUGCAGAGCAGCGACGCCAUGCCCGCGGACUACAAUGAACUGAUGACCAGCUGCUGGCACGCCGACCCGUCGAUCCGUCCCACAUUCCUAGAGGUCAUGACGCGCCUCAGCAGCAUCUCCGGCGAAGCGCUCGGCGGAUCGUCGCUCACCCGCACCUCGACCUCCUCUUCGUCGCAUAACAUCAGCGCUGGCCUCAACAGCGGGUCGCUCUCCUAUCCCUCCAUCUCCGCAGCCACAUCGAGCUCAGGCGGCCGCGGCGACAGCUUGUCGUCGGGCUCCCGAUCAAGCGUGGCGGCGGUGGCAGCGGCUGGCGGCCCAAUCAAGCCGCCCGAGGGCGAGGUGGUGAUCGUGUUCUCCGACGUCACGCGCGCCGCGUCGCUCUGGGAGUUCAACGCCGAGGCCAUGCGCGACGCCACGCUGCUCCACAACGAGCUCGUGCGGCGGCUGGUCAAGAAGCACGGCGGCUACGAGGUGGUCUUCCUGCGCGACCGCAACAGCGGCGAGGGCUCCUUCUGCCUGGCCUUCAGCGACAUCGGCGCGGCGCUCGACUGGUGCGGCGACACGCAGCGCGAGCUGUUGGCCGCCGAGUGGCCCAAGGCUCUGCUGGAGCACCCCGGCGCCGCGGAAGAGUGGGGCGACACCGACGACCGGGUGAUGUUCAAGGGGCUGCGGGUGCGGAUGGGAGUGCACGCGGGCACGCCCAAGAUGGUGCGCGACCCGAUGACGCGGCGGGUGGAGUACAUCGGGCCGGUGGUCAACGCGGCGGCGCGCAUUACGGCGCUGGCCCACGGCGGCCAGGUGCUUGUGUCCGAAGCCGCGCAGCGGAAGAUGGGCCUCAAGUCCCCCGACGGCGGCGAUGACGCUGGAGAACAGGCCACCAAGAAGUUCGUCGCGCUGGGCCGAUUCGAGAUGCCCGACGCGCCCAAAGGCGCCAGGCUCUACGAGCUGAAGGUGGCAGGGCUGGAGGCUCGGUUCUUCGGUGGAGUGUCGCCUGCGGCCGACGGCAACAACCGGUCAGCGCCCAGUGGCGGAGGGUCUACCACGGACGAAGAUUCGAUCGAUAGACAGAGCGACGGGGAGGCGACGCUGGAGACGGCGGUGGGCGAGGGCAUGAUGUUCAAGGAGGACAACUUCCUCACGUCGGCCAACCUGUGCCGCUGGGUGAUCGACUUCCACGAGAUCGCCCUCGGCAAGCAAGUCAUGGGCAUGGGGUCAUACGGGGUGGUGUUCAAGGGCAAGUGGAAGGGCGUCGAGGUGGCCGUCAAGCGGUUCGUCAAGCAGAAGCUCGACGAGCGGCGCAUGCUCGAGUUCCGCGCCGAGAUGGCCUUCCUCUCCGAGCUCCACCACCCCAACAUCGUCCUCUUCAUCGGAGCGUGCGUGAAGCAGCCCAAUCUGUGCAUCGUGACCGAGUUCGUCAAGCAGGGCUCGCUCAAGGAGAUCCUGGCCAACAACGCCAUCAAGCUCGCGUGGCGCCAGCGGCUGGGGUUGAUGCGAUCGGCGGCGGUGGGCAUCAACUACCUGCACUCGCUGCAGCCGGUGAUCGUGCACCGCGACCUCAAGCCGUCCAACCUGCUGGUGGACGAGAACUGGAACGUGAAGGUGGCCGACUUUGGGUUCGCGCGCAUCAAGGAGGAGAACGCCACCAUGACCCGCUGCGGCACUCCCUCCUGGACUGCGCCGGAGGUGAUCAGAGGCGAGAAGUACUCGGAGAAGGCCGACGUGUACUCGUUCGGCAUCAUCAUGUGGCAGGUGGUGACCAGGCGCGAGCCUUUCGCCGGGCGCAACUUCAUGGGCGUGUCGCUCGACGUGCUUGAGGGCAAGCGGCCGCAAGUGCCGUCCGAGUGCGACAAGCCGCUCAAGAAGCUCAUGAAGCGGUGCUGGCACGCCACGGCCAGCAAGCGGCCCUCCAUGGACGACGUCGUCGCCUUCUUCGACAGUCAACUGGGCGACGCCGAUGGUGACGACCAUCCUCUCGUGGCCGGUUCGGUUUGA